CUCAGACGAGAUCGCGUAGGGCCAUAAACAGUGAAGUGACUGUUCCAGACAAGUCUCCACGCUCUGUUAAGCCGGAUAAGGGCAAGAAAGGUGCCGUGGCAGAAGGCUCUCCGUCUUGUGGUGAAAUGCUGUCACAGCUUUGUGUCGGAGCAAGUGAUGCUGAGAAGAUGGGGAAGAUCGCCCCUACAAGCGCUAGCUUCUUGACUGAUUUCCUGAAGAGCGCUCGUGCCUGUACUUCUGAUGUGGAGGAGGCAGCCAACGCAGACUGCCGUGCUUCUAGUCCCCAUGCUGACGAGGAGAUACCUGAGAAGGCAGCAGCAGACAAAGUUUCUAGUCCCAAUGCUGACGAAGAGAUACCUGAGGAAGCAGCAGCAGACAAAAUUUCUAGUCCUCAUGCUGUCGAGGAGAUACCUGAGAAGGCAACAGACAAUGUUUCUAGUCCUCAUGCUGACAUGGAGGUGCCCGAGGAGGCAGCAGACAAAGUGUCUAGUCCUCAUGCUGACGAUGAGGUGAUACCUGAGGAGGCAGCAGAGAAAGUUUCUAGUCCCAGUGCCGAUGAGGCGAUACCCGAGGAGGCAGCAGAGAAAGUUUCUAGUCCCAAUGCUGAUGAGGUGGUACCCGAGAAGGCAGCAGUUGAAGUUUCCAGUACCCCUGCUGAUGAGGCGAUACCUGAGAAGGCAGCAGAGAGAGUUUCCAGUCCCAAUGCUGAUGAGGUGAUACCUGAGGAGGCAGCAGACAAAGUUUCUAGUCCCCAUGCUGAUGAGGCGAUACCUGAGGUGGCAGCAGAUGAAGUUUCACUUGCCCCUGCCGACGAGGAGACACUUUUGAAGGUAAAAGAGGAAGUUUCUAGUCCCCUUGCUGACGAGCAGACACUUGAGACGGCAGCAACAGAGAAAGUUUCUAGUGCCCCUGCCGACGAGGAGACACUUGAGACGGCAGCAGCAGAGAAAGUUUCUAGUGCUCCUGCCGACGAGGAGACACCUGAGACGGCAGCAGCAGAGAAAGUUUCUAAUGCCCCUGCCGGCGAGGAGACACUUGAGAAGGUAAAAGAGGAAGUUUCUAGUCCGCAUGCUGAUGAGGUGAUACCUGAGAAGACGGCAGAGAAAGUUUCUAGUCCCCAUGCUGAGGAGGCGAUACCUGAGAAGGCAGCAGAUGAAGCUUCUAGUCCCCCUGCCGACGUGGAGACACCUGAGAAGGCAACAGAGAAAGUUUCUUGCCCCCCUGUCGACGAGGAGAUAGCUGAGAAGCCAGCAGACAAAGUGUCUAGUCCUCAUGCUGAAGCAGAGAUGUCUGAGAAGGCAGCAAAGAGCUCCCCUGCUCCAUCAGAGCCGCCGGUGGUGGCUGAUAAUAUGAAGGACGAUUACUGGUCUGACAUUCUCAUAGACGUGGAGGAACCGCUGUCUAGUCUGGCAAAGAAGAAGGACAAGGGCAAGAUGAGAUCAAGCAAGAAGCAGCGGCGUGACGACGAGAUGAAGCAAGAUGAGAGCCAGCAAGACAAGGCAGAGGCAGAGAAUGGGAAGGCGAACGGGGGUGGCGGCCAGGCAAGCGCGGCCGAGGAGGACGCGUCGCUGAUGGGGCUGGUGCUGCACUUCAGCAAGCCAGGUGCGGUGCCCUCGCGUGGCGACCUCAUCGAGAUCUUCAGCCAGUACGGGCCCGUGAGCGAGGCGAAGACGGAGACGGACCAGCACUCCAGCUCGGCCCAGGUGGUGUUCAGGCGGCGCGCGGACGCGGAGGCGGCGUUCGGCGGCGCGGGCAAGAUGGCGGCCCUCAGGCCCAGCCUCGACAGCUUCCGGCUCACCGACUUCCCAUCCGCUGCCGCCGCGUUCCGGGGCGACGACGGGCCGAAGCAGGGGUGAACAGGGCUGCUGGAGGUGGAGGAGAGAGGUGAAGGAGGAGUGGAGGAGGUGUUUGUUAUUUAGGUGGUGGUAGCUUUGUGGUUGUGUUAAAAGGAGGAGUAAGAAAGCAAGCAUUGUGGCUUUGUGGUGUCUUUUUGGAGGAUGCUGAGAGGUGUUUGUUAUUAAGUAGUAGUAUAAGAUGUAAAAAGACUAUGGCAUGGUUGCAUGUGAGGAUUGGAUGCAUGUGAGGAUGUAAAAACCUGGUGACUUUGUUGGUACCCUACCUGAAAGUCUGUCUGUCUUGUGUUGUGUGUCUGGUUGAAUUGUGUGGUGAAUGAGAGUGCUCUUGGUUGGGGGUCA